AAGCAACGUGCUGUCCACGGGGUGCUCAUUUUGUUGCUCGAGGAGGUGGAGAGAAGCUUACACUGAUAACAAAUUUCAAAGAAAGGAAAAUUGAUAAAAAGUUUUCGAAAUCGUAAAUAACAUAUAGCUACAGCAAAGUUGGAAUAUGGUUCAAGUGGCGCCGGUGGCAGCUGGUGCUGGAAGUGGUCAGACAAGGCCUUCGUCAGAUCCCAAAACAGGAUGGUUUGUGUACAUGCUCGCGUUUUCUGCAGUCAUAGGAGGAUUUCUAUUCGGAUAUGACACUGGAAUCGUGUCAGCAGCUAUGCUUUAUGUUCCAAAUGCAUCUGGAAUUAAACCUCUAGACUCUGUUUGGCAGGAAAUUAUAGUUAGUAUUACACCGGGAGUCGCCGCAAUUGGAUCACUAUGUUCGGGUCCUGGAUCGGAUUUUCUCGGAAGAAAAAAGAUAAUCAUUGGAGCAAGUGUAACUUUUACAAUUGGAGCAAUUAUUUGUGCAGCUGCAUGGACUAAAAUAAUCCUUUUAAUUGGCAGAAUUUUACUCGGACUUGCGAUUGGAUUCGCUUCAAUGAUUGUUCCAAUCUAUGUAUCUGAAGCUUCUCCAUCACAUAUUCGUGGAAAAUUGGUGACAGGAUUUCAACUGAUGAUUACUGUAGGUUUGGUGAUUGCAAAUAUUAUUGGAGGAGCUUUUAGUUAUGUCGAUCCGGAUCAAGUUGGGUGGAGAUUAAUGUUCGCCUUCGCAGCCGUCCCAGCCAUCAUCCAAUUCGUCUGCUUCCUGUUUCUUCCAGAGUCCCCUCGUUGGCUCUACGAGCACGGGCGGACUGUUGAAGCACGUGAAGUACUCACAAGAAUCUAUAAUGGACAUACAGAAUGGGUUGAUUAUGAGAUUAAUGAAAUUAGUUUCUCGUAUGAAGAGGAGCUACGUGCCAAAGCAGAACACGCUGGAAAUGGGCCAACUAUUAUUAGAAUUUUGAAAACUCCGCAUGUGAGAAAAGCAAUGAUUAUUGGAUCUCUUCUUCAAAUGUUCCAGCAAUUGUCCGGUAUUAAUACGGUUAUGUACUAUACUGGUAAUAUUAUUCGAAGUGCCGGAGUUAAGGACAAUCACACAACUAUUUGGAUUUCCGUUGGAACAUCAGCAAUCAAUUUCCUCGGAACCUUCAUUCCAAUCGCAUUGGUAGAACGUGUGGGUCGUCGUGUGCUUCUCCUUGUCUCAAUGAUCGGUGUGAUUCUUUUCCUGAUCGCAAUGGGUGUCUCAUUCCUUCUAAUCAAUAAUGACUCAUUGAGAACAUUCGAUCAACAAAACUACACUUUGAACUACAAUCCAUCUGUGAAACAUGCUGCAAAGUGUCUCAAAUAUAGUAAUUGCGAUUUCUGUGUAACUGAUGAGAACUGCGGAUUUUGCGAGAGCAAGGUUGCUAAAAAAGGAUACUGUCUACCAUUCCCAUCGGAUGACUCUAGUGACUACUCUGCCACUGGAAUUUGUGAAUUCUCGAAUUUGACAAACAAUGGAACAGAUUUCGAGUGGGAAGACACCUAUUGUCACACUAAAUUCACAGUAUUGCCAAUUAUUAUUAUGGUCUUUUACCUUUUAUCAUUCUCUGCAGGUUACGCCCCGCUACCAUGGGUUCUAAACGCCGAAUUUUAUCCAUUAUGGGCGAGAAGUACAGCCGUAUCGGUAUCAACUGCAUGCAAUUGGAUAUUUAAUUUAAUAGUCUCACUGACAUUCCUGUCACUUUCCCAGGCAGCAACAAAAUAUGGAACAUUCUUCAUUUAUUGUGGAUGCACCAUGGUUGCUCUUGUAUUCGUUUUCUUCUUUGUUCCAGAAACAAAAGGAUAUUCAAUUGAUGAAGUUGAGAUGUUAUUCAUGACAAAAGAAGAGAGAAGGAAAGCUCAGAAAGUUCUGGAUGAGAGUAAAGAAGGGAAGCAUCGGAAUUCUGUUGCAAUGUCUUUUGAUACUAAAUUCUAAUUGUUUUCCUAAUUUGCAAGCUUUAAUUACUGUUUAAACAUGUUUCAACAGUUAUUCAUGUAUAAUAUUUUGUAAUUGUGAAUAAUAAACUAUUU